AUGGUUUCGACAAGCGCGAGUAGGGCGGAUAACGGCUCCGAGGGCUCUAGCACUCGGCCGGGAACGACGGCGACGACGGCGGCGACGCUUGGCGACGUCAUGAGGGCGCCAUCGACGCGGACCCCAGACGUCGUCGUGCUCGACUCGGUGGACUGCGAAGGAGACGUCGGUGAGGCCCUCGACCCGAGGGAGGACCUGUGGCUGUCGUCGGUCGACGGACGAUACAACUCUCCGAUCAUUCCCCUUCGCGUCGGCACGGCUCCCGACUGCCAGACCUUUUACGUGCAUAAGAGCGUCCUCCUCAAAGCCGAGUUCUUCAGGAAGGCCCUCUGCGGCGGAUUCCGCGAGUCGGACGCCCAAGCGAUCGACCUACCCGAGGAGGAUCCGGCGAUAUUUCACUUCAUCGUCGCCUUCCUUUACGAGAACAAAUACGUCCCCAUCAGGGCGGCCGCAACAGUGCUGAGGCCGGACGACGAGCAGGAAAACGCCCGCUGGGCGGCCUCGGGAAUAUCGGCGGCAGCAGAAGAUGACCAGCAGCAGCAGCAGUUUGGGGGCGGUUCCGACUCGGAGUCGAGCGCGAGCCUGCCGAGCGACUCCAGCACGGCGCGGAGCCAGCGGCGCCGCGACAGGAGGCGCCGCCGCGAGACCCGCCACUGGGAGCGCCUGCGGCGGAAGCACCCGGGCAUGCACCGGCUCGGGUGCGCGUGCCGGCAGUGCCUGACGCGGGGCGGCCCGCCGUGCUGGAACUGCGCCGCGCCGCGCAUCCCGCCGCAGCCGCCGGGCCUGACGUCCGUGCAUCACAUGCAACUCGGCGGCGGCGUCGUCGUCGUCAACGCGACGCCGCGGCCGCGGCCCCGGCGACACCGGACCCAGCAGCAGCCGCCGCACAACCGCCACCGCCAGACGUCGAUGCCUGCGCUGGAGAGAGUGGACAACGAGAGCAACGACGAGGGGGGAGCAGGAGCAGGAGGAGGAGGAGGCGGGGCCGGAGCCGAGGGCGGCGGCGCGCGGGAGCGCAUCCAGAGCGCGCAGGACCUGCGGACGUGGCUGCUGGCGUACGAGCUGAACCUGGACGUGUACAUCUGCGCGAACAAGUUCCUGCUGGACGACUUCAAGCGGGCGGUGGCGCGGGCGUGCAUCGACAUGCUGGAGGCGGCGGGGGCGGACGCGGCGGAGGUGGAGGUGCUGCGGCUGUGCCGGAAGCUGUACCAGGGGCUGCCGGAGGCGGACGCGCUGCUGCGCAUGGUGUUCGCGCGCGUCGGCUUCCUCAGCCCGCGGCUGUGGCGCCGCGCCCCCGACGCCACCGCCGCCUUCUUCCACGCCCACCCCGAGGUCUCCGCCCUCAUGUUCCGCGAGACCCUCGCCCGCCGCGAGGAGGACUACCACGGCAUCGCCGCCGCCGGCCCCCCCGCCGCCUUCGCCCCCGGAGCCGCCCCCGGCGUCGGCCUCGCCCCCGGCGCCCCCCCCGCCUUCGCCCCCGCAGACAUGCUCCCCGCCAUGGAGCGCUCCGUCCUCCCGCCCCAUUCCGCCCCCAUACCCCCCCCGGGCUUCCACUACAACGACCUGCGCCCCGCGCACCCCCUGCGCAGACACCAGUGGAGGCGAGCCGACUUCUGA